AUGGCAACUCUCGGCCGUCUUCUUUCUUCCGUCCUUCUUCUUGCUCUCGUCGCCCUCUCUUCUCUCUCUUUCACCCAACGCGCAAAUCCUUCCUCCCUUUCUUCUUCCCUUUCUUCUUCCCUUUCUUCUUCCCUUUCUUCCCUUCCUGCUCUUUCUUCCUUUUCUCUCUCUCUCGUCUCCGGCGCAGCGGCUGCGACGGCAGCGGAUCCCGCUUCGAACACGCCAGCGGAAGAGGAAGACGACGACGAAGACGAAUUCAUUUACCAAGACACUCCGGAAACACCGACCAUCUCGGCGGGCGAUUCCCGAGGAGCCCAGACAGAGGGUCAAGGAAAGGCGGAGAAGCCGUCCCCUUCCCAUCCUUCUCGAGUUCCGAAAGAGAAGUCGUACAUACCAGAAGUUAUCUUUGCGUGUGUUCUCAUCCUCGCCGUCGCCGUCGCGUUCUGGGGGAAAAACAAAAAUGUUCAAGUUGCAGAUGCCUGGAUUGGGUCGGUCGCCCCUCUUUUGAAAGAAAAUUUUGCCGUCGUGGGGUAUGAGAACUCUUACCUCGUAAUGAAGGCGUACAACGUCUUUGAGCUGUACUGCACGGGACGAAGAAACUGUUUCUACCUCCAUGGCGUCUUGCAAUGUUUGCCCCGGCAGUGUCUGUGGCGCUACUUUUUUCUCCAACCGCUGUUUCGCUCGCAAGCAGAAGAUUCUGCGAACAGCGUAACUUUGGAAGUUCUUCUGCCGCCGUCUUCUGAGCCGAGCGUUGUUGCGGUUUGCAAGCGCACGGAGCAAAAGAACCUGAUGAGCAACAACUGGGACUUGCGCGAAUUUGCCAAGGCGAGGAAUGCGAACAGCAAUCCAAAGCUCGGACAGUUGGCGGCGAAUCUCCAGGCUUUCAGCGACACAAGCGAAGCUCUCGAUGCCGUCGUUUUGGGCAACAAAACCAUCCUAAAAACGAUCAGUUCCUGUGCCGAGCAUUUCCGCUAUCUGUACUUCUCCGACGUUUGCUCGUCCCUCCACCCUUCGACUCUCGCAACUGCUGCCUCAUGUGCGGCAGCGGCUGCCCCAGGCAGCUCCGCGAACAGCAGAAAUCGCAGAAUUCUUCGCCUCAGCUUCUUCCUUCCUCCAGUCGACCGCAUGGCAGAAGUUGAGCCUCUUCUUCGUCUGGCCCUCUACGUCGCCGAUCAGUCGCGGCAUCUGGGACUCAGCGACAAGAGCGUCGAGGUGGCGAAGAAGAUGCGUCUGCAGUACCAAAAGGAAAUGCUGAAGGAGCAAGAGGAGCAACGCCUAGAGCAACUCGAGAAGCGCCGGUCGGAGAGGAAGCGCCAGGAUGAAGAGAAAUUCGAAAAGAUGACGCCGGAGCAGCAGCGCAAAUACGAAGAGAAAGAGUACAAGAAGUCUCUGAAGCAACGCGGACGCUUCAAGGUUCUCAAGAUGUAA